AUGGCUGGCCAACUAGGGAAUAUCCCACGGGAUUCAAGUAACGGCGAGCAUGUGCAAAAACCCUCGCAAAACGAUGUCCAAGUCAGCGAGCAGGACCUCAGUCGCAUCUGGCAAUGGAAUGCGAUCGUGCCAGAGCGUGUCGACGCUUGUGUUCACGACUUGAUAUCUCAGUCAGUACAUCGGCAGCCGGAUGCUCUAGCCGUCUGCGCUUGGGAUGGAACCCUCACCUAUAGAGAGCUGGAUGAUCUUUCAAGCCAAUUGGCUUGUCGUCUUGUUGGCCUCGGAGUUGGGCCUAAUAUGUUCGUGCCGCUGUGCUUCGAGAAGUCGAUGUGGACUACCGUGGCUAUGCUCGCGGUGAUGAAGGCCGGCGGCGCAUCUGUAGGAAUGGACAUCACUCAGCCCGAGGAACGCUUACACACAAUCGUGAGCCAGGCCAAACCUCAUGUGAUAUUAGCAUCAGAGACGCAUCAGGUCCUUGCUCAAAGGCUGGCUAAAUGCAAGGUGGUUGUUGUUAGCGAGAGACAUCUCAAGCAAUCACUCCCAUCUCCCGUUCUUGAACUACCGAAAAUUUCCUCAUCCAGUGCAUUGUAUCUCGUGUAUACCUCCGGCAGCACUGGCACCCCCAAAGGAGUCAUUGUCACACAUAGCAAUUUUAGUAGUGCCAUCAAGCAUCAGAGAGACGCGCUUGGGUUUACCGCCGACUCUAGAGUAUUCGAUUUUGCUUCUUAUGCAUUUGAUAUGGCAUGGUAUAACUUCAUCUACACAUUAUCAGUGGGGGGCUGCUUAUGUGUACCAUCAGAAGAUGAAAGAAAGAAUGACGUUGCCGGUUGUAUUCAACGAUAUCGAAUAUCAUAUGCCUUUUUCACCCCAACGCUGGCACGUGUUUUGGGAAGAAGGGUCCUCUCAAGGCUCUCGGUACUUGUCUUUGCUGGCGAACCCGUGCUACCAUCGGAUACCACUCUGUGCGGACCUGAAGGGCGCACCAUAAUUUCGUACGGACCUGCAGAGUGCACGCCAGGUUCAACAGUUGUCGAAAUAACAACCACACCAGCAGGACCUGUUGUUGGAAAAGGAUACGGCGUGGUGACUUGGGUGGUCGACCCAGUUCAUCCAGACAGACUGGUUCCUAUUGGCGAAGUCGGUGAGCUGUGGCUGGAAGGGCCUCUACUCGGCGAUGGGUAUCUGGAUGAUCCGGAGAGAACAGCAGCCGCAUUUACGAAAGAUGCCCCCUGGCUCACGGAGGGCGGACCAGGCUGUAGCGGAAGACGAGGCCACCUCUAUAAGACGGGUGACCUGAUACGAUACCAGGUAGAUGGGUCAUUAGCCUUUGUUGGGCGGAAGGACACACAAGUCAAGAUUCGAGGUCAGCGUGUGGAACUUGGCGAGGUGGAACAUCACGUCCAGGAACUUCUGAAACGGAGCGAUAGCGAUGUCGAUGUUGACAGAACCACCUUGACCCGGAUCGUCGCCGAGGUCAUUGUUCCCAAAGGCAGCAACACUCCCACACUAGUCACAUUUAUCUGUCUUGAUACCGGUUUCGCCGAUGAGGAGGCGCGGAAUCGGACUAUCCAGAAAAUGACCGCUGGCAUAGACAAACGUCUGGCCAGCAAGAUUCCGGUGUACAUGAUCCCGACAUCAUACAUCCCGAUUGACGCCCUACCAUUGACAGCGACUGGAAAGACAGACCGCCGUAAACUACGGGAACUCGGCAGCUUGUUAACUCCGCGGCAACUAGACAGUUUGACUCAGCCCAGUCAUCCUUCACGGCCUGUCAGCACCGACAUGGAGAAGAACCUGCAGGCUCUUUGGGCGUUGGUUUUAGAUAUUGAAGCAACCAGCAUCAGCGCCGAUGACAGCUUCCUCCGACUUGGCGGCGACUCGGUUCGAGCAAUGCAGCUUGUUGGAAUUGCACGCGAGAAUGGUUUAUCCUUCUCCGUUGCGGAUCUAUUUAAUCACCCGAGACUCGACUCACUGGCCAAGAUCACCAAGAUAAGGGCGAUAUUGCACAGUGAGACUAUCCCAGCCUUCUCUCUUUUGAAAUCGCACCGACCCGUGGAAGAUGUGAAGACGCAGGCUGCUGCGAUGUGUGGCGUGAACGCCACCGACAUCCAAGAUAUUUUCCCUUGUACGCCGCUCCAAGAAGGGUUAAUGGCGCUGUCAGGGAGACGACAGGGCGACUAUGUUGCCUCAAUCACUCUCGACUUGGAUGAGAUGACAGACGCACAACGUCUGCGGAAUGCUUGGGAGCAGGUUGCUACCGUAGCACCGAUAUUACGAACGAGGAUCGUCGACAUACCUCAGCAAGGGCUCGUGCAAGUAAUACUGAACGAGAAUGUGGAAUGGGAAAUGGUGGAUGAGCUUGAGACUUACCUUGACGAUACCCGGCGGAAAGAUAUGGGAUUGGGUACCCGGCUAAGUCGGUUCGGCGUUUUAUUUGAAGCCUCGAGCUCGAGGUAUCUGGUCUGGACUAUUCACCAUGCGUUGUACGAUGGAUGGUCGAUGCGGUUGAUCAUGAACGCCUUGAAAGACGCGUACCAGAUGAAGCCGAUUCCAUAUCUUCAACCUUUCCAGACCUUUGUCAAACAUUUAGCUGACGCAGAAGAAACAGCGGCAGUAUCGUUUUGGAGAACCGAGUUUACGGGAUUAGAGGCGGCUCAGUUUCCUGCUUUGCCCUCGGCGGGAUAUCAUCCUCGGCCGACCAGCAAGCUGACGUCUAUGAUUGAGAGUUUGGAAUGGGGGAGCACUGAGAUCACUGGCUCAAAUUUGAUCCGGGCCGCGUGGUCGAUAUUGAUCUCAAACUACACCGGCUCUAGUGAUGUCAUAUUCGGGACAACCAUCGCUGGGCGUCAAAGCCCGAUUGCGGGAAUAGAGAGAAUUGCUGCUCCAACAAUUUCGACAGUGCCGCUACGAAUCGUUACGAAUCCUCUAGAGACUGUGGAUGAAAUCAUCGCCAGGGUUCAGAAGCAGGCAGUGAACAUGAUCCCAUUCGAACAUACCGGCCUCCAGCGUAUUCGCCAAGCUAGUGCCGAUGCCCAGGAGGCAUGUCGUUUCCAGACGCUCAUCGUGGUACAGCCGUAUGAUGAAGACAACGAGAGCAAUACAAUCUUCCGUCCCUCAUUAUCAAGUGAGGAUUCCAACAUUGAGUAUAACGCACUACUUUCGUAUGGGUUAGUGGUUGAGUGUCGCUUAGGAGCAAAAGGAAUGCGCCUGGAUGCCAACUUUGACGAAAAUGUCAUUGAAAGUAAGAGAGUCUCCCGCUUACUAGAGCAGUUCCAGUACAUACUUCAGCAGAUAUGUGUACAUGGGAAUGGACAGAGAAGGCUUCAAGACGUGGAGAUCACCAAUAGUCACGAUCUGGAAACGAUUUGGAAUUGGAACGACAAACCCUCGGAAAGUAUCGAUAAUUGUGCACACGACUUGUUUCUCCAGGUGGCUCGCCGUCAGCCAGAUGCAGAGGCUGUGUGUGCGUGGGAUGGCCGACUGACAUAUGCCCAGCUUGACAACUACUCGAAUACUCUAGCCUCACACCUCAUUAGUAUUGGGAUAGGGGCAGAUGUGAGAGUCCCGCUCUGCCUCGAAAAAUCCAAAUGGGCGCCUGUUGCUAUGCUGGCAGUAAUGAAAGCUGGAGGAAUAGCUGUAGCCAUGGAUGCUACGCAACCAGAAGCACGUCUCUACACCAUUGUGAAGCAAUCCAAGGCGAAACACAUUCUAUCCUCAGCCAGUGCCGAGACACUUGCAAAUCUCUUGGGAGAGUGCCUGGUCAUUACAGUAUGCCAGGAGACCUUGAGCAGCCUUCAACGUCAGCCGCAGACUCCCCUGCCCCUCAUCAAACCAUUAGAUGCUCUCUGCACCCUCUUUACAUCUGGCAGUACGGGAACCCCGAAAGGGACGACUCUGACCCAUUCCAACUUCAGUACAGGAAUCGAACAACAGAUACGGGCUUUUGGUAUCCAACCAUCUUCCCGAGUUUAUGAUUUUGCCUCGUACGCUUUCGAUUUCGCAUGGUCAAAUCUCCUGUUGCCUGUAUCUGUAGGAGGUUCCAUCUGUAUCCCAUCAGAAGAGCAACGAAAGAAUGAAAUCGCCGAAUCUAUCAAUCAGCUCGGGGCAAACUUUGCCUUCUUCACACCAUCCGUUGCCAGGGUCCUUGACCCAAACACUCUCCCGAACUUAAAGACGCUCGUUGUUGGAGGAGAGGCAGUACGGAGGAAUGAUUUCUACGACUGGCCAACCAGGAUCAAGAUGCUCAAUAUUUAUGGUCCAUCGGAGUGCACCGUAAUGGCAACACACACGGAUAUACGUCCGGGACAGGAGAAUGAUGGCACCAUCGGCAAAGGGGCAGGUAGCACGACGUGGGUGGUACAGCCGUCUGGUCAAAGCCUAUCACCAAUUGGUGCUGUGGGUGAGCUGUACCUUGAAGGCCCUCUGGUCGGCAUUGGAUAUCUUGAUGAUGCGGAAAGGACAGCAAACAGCUUCCUUGAGGACCCUCCUUGGCUUUGCCGUGGAGGACCGGGACAUAUAGGGAGAUAUGGCCGAGUGUACCGUACAGGCGACUUGGUUCGGUACAACCCUGAUGGAUCGUUGGUGUUUGUUGGGCGGAGAGAUACACAAGUGAAGCUACGUGGUCAAAGAAUCGAGCUCCAAGAGGUUGAGCAUCAUGUACAGAGCUUGCUCGCCACCGUUAAUAAGAACGGUAUCCAGAUCGUGGCUGAAAUCAUUGAACCGGAGGGGAGCGGAAACCCAACGCUGAUCGCCUUUGUCUACACGAAGAUGAACCAUGGCCAUACCGAAGCAGCCGACAAGGAGGCUUACGGAAAUGAUGUGCGGAAGAUGACUGAUGGGAUCGAAGAUCGUCUGGCAGAAACUGUUCCCGUCUAUAUGAUCCCAACAGCUUUUAUCCCGCUGCAGAGCAUCCCUAUGACAGCUAGCGGCAAGACUGACCGACGACGUCUGCGAGAGUUGGGCGCCUCGAUGUAUUCAGCUCACCGUGUUCGAAGAACUAAGAACGGAUAUCGCCCGCCCUCGAGCGAGUUGGAGAUAGUUCUUCAAACAAUAUGGUCUGAGGUUCUGAAUAUACCGCUAGAAAGCAUAGCUAUUGAUACAGCAUUUACACGGCUUGGCGGCGAUUCUAUCUCGUCGAUGCAAGUCGUUUCGCGUUGCCGAGCCAAGAACAUAUCUGUUACGACCAGCGAUAUUCUUAGGUCAAAGACUAUCGAAAAGCUCGCUCUGUGUUGCAAAGAGGUAAACCCGAAAUCUGUUGUUGCUGAGGAAUCUACAGAAGAGACACUAUGGCAUCUCUCGCCCAUCCAGCAAAUGUUCUUUGAGUUUCACCCUCAGGGUCUUGAUCACUUCAAUCAAAGUUUCAUGCUGAAGCUCAAAGCUCCUGUAUCUGACGACGUGCUCUAUGCAGCUAUACGAGCAACCGUGAGUCGGCAUCCAAUGCUACGCGCUCGAUUCUGGCCAGACUCAAGCGGGUGCUGGCAGCAGCUUGUUGUCAAAGACUCACAACAUGCCUUUGCGUUUGAGAGGCAUGUAGCUUGCCAACGAAGCGAGGUCCAGGCCUUUGCGAAGGCUCGACAAGAGUCAUUAAGUAUACUUAGCGGACCUGUAUUUGCAGUCGAUGUGUUUUCCAUCCCUGGAGAGCAGCAGAGUCUGUUGUUAACGGCACAUCAUCUGAUAAUUGACUUGAUGUCGUGGCGGAUCAUUUGGCACGAUAUUGAGCAAGAUAUACGAGCUGGUGAAGGAAGCGCACUUGCUCCAGAACCAAUUUCAUUCCAAGCAUGGUCCAAAGUGCAGAGACAUACCAAUUGGGCCAAGUUAACCCAGCAUAAUCUUAACCUCGCCGUUCACCAAUUGGCCAACACCGAACCUACAUUCACUUUGAGCGACUUUAGUCUGCUGUCUACUACAAACAUUGGCAUUGAAAGACUGCUCAGAGAGCGCUUGUUGCCGAUUGGCGUCAAGUCUUCCGAGGUCCUCGACAUUUAUCCCUGUACUCCUGUGCAGGAGGGCAUUUUACUGAGCAGAGAAAAGGGGGCGGCUUCGUACGCCAACUUUUGGGUUUGGAACUGCAUUCCUUCUUUUGACGAGGACUACGUCUCACCGGAUCGCCUGGAAGCAGCCUGGAGAUUAGUCGUCAGCCAACACUCGAUACUAUCAACUAUCUUCACCGAGCAGCUAGAUGGUGGCGGCUUCGUCCAAGUACUUCUCAGUAACUCGCAGUGCCGAGUUGUGCGCAUGGAUACAUUGUCAGUACUACCUGCGGACGCCUUAAUGAAGGUUGAAAGCCCAGUAUUCUCAGCGGGACAGCCGAGCCAUACCUUUACGAUUGCCUGGAACUCGGAUGGCCAUGUCGCCUGCAGGUUGGAUAUCAGCCACCUUCUCAUUGACGCAUCUUCGCUCCACGUUUUACUCAAGAGCUUAGCCAAGUCUUAUCAAGGACAAGCAAUAGAGCGGGCUCCCCAAUUUCGAAAUUUGGUGGAACACCUGAGGCACCAGACAAGGGAAGAGAAAUUGGCAUUCUGGACCAACUCCUUAUUCCAAGCCCGACCAUGUAGGCUUGUGAAUGCGCCGGCAUAUGGAUCCUUGGCCAACACAGACCCUAGCUCACACGGAAUGAUUACAAUUCCAGCUGAAAAUGCUGCGGGGAUCGAUCUUUUCUGUAGGUCGAAGGGUAUAACUCGUUCGGUUUUCCUGCAAGUGGCUUGGUCACUCGUUCUAUCUCGGUAUACUGGAAUGAGCGAUAUCACUUUCGGAUAUAUGGCUUCAGGUCGUGAUGCACCAAUCCGAGAUAUCGAAAACAUGAUCGGACCAUUAAUCAAUCUACUGAUUAGCCGUAUCGACCUCAACCAAAAUCUAGACAAGACUCUGGCCAAGACUUCGGAGAAUUCUAUCGAGCAGCUUAGAUUUCAACACUCGUCUUUGGCAGACAUUCAACACGCAUUGGGCAUGGGCUCCGAGCAGCUGUUCAACACUGCUCUAACGGGCGAGCUAGAAGGACUCCAAAGGAGGUUUUUCAGACACGUCACUGGUACUAGUGACGAAGAAGCGACAGAUUACUGGCGACAGCAGUUUUCAGGCCACCAAGGACAAAUGUUCCCCUCUCCGGCCCCGCAGUCAUUGACUCGUUCUCGCAGUAUAAGUAAUCACGCAUAUAGCAUCGAAGGCUUGGCUUGGCAUGGAUCAUCAUUGAGUGUACUCAUAGAGAUGUCAUGGGCAAUCUUGGCAGCAAAACGCACUGGCUCACGGGACGUGAUAUUCGGAACAGCGGAACAGGACAUGACCUCUAGUAAAGGUUUAACUUCGAUAGUCCCGGUACGAGUGGUAUUAGACUGGGCGAACACCUUGGAAGAGACAGUCAAUAAGAUACGGCAACAGGUGGAGAUGAGGAGACCGUUCCAGAAGGUUGGGCUCGAGUGUGUUCGAAAAGCUAGUCCACAGGCUGAGGAGGCCUGUCGCUUUCAAACCUUGCUCAUAAUGCAGUGGGAUGGUAAAGAUGGUUAUCCUUAUCAAAACGGUGACAAACCAUUCGCCCAUCAGGACUCUGACCACGAGAAGACAAUCACUUGUCCUCUGGAAAUACGAUUCGCAACGCAAACUGAGGGCAUGGUUCUGAAUUUCCGGUUCGACUCAGGAGUUGUUGAUGAAGCCCAAGUGUCCCGAAUAGCAUUUCAAUUCGAGCACAUCCUGAGACAAGCGUGUGACCAGACCAAACAUGCCAUGGCGAGAACUCUACAAGAGAUCAGCACACUCAGCAGUCAAGAUGUGGCCGAUAUCUGGCGCUGGAACUACGAUGUUCCAGAGGCUGCCGAUACAUGCAUCCACGACUUGAUCUCUAGGACAGCGGCCCAUCAGCCACAGGCUUCAGCGAUUUGUGCGUGGGACGGAGACUUGACCUAUGGGCAGCUGGAUUCGCUCUCUACGCGAUUGGCUGAGCAUCUGGUCGCUAUAGGAGUAACCGAGGGCUCUAUAGUCCCACUCUGCUUUGAAAAGUCAAUGUACACUCCUCUGGCUAUGUUGGCAGUGAUGAAGGCUGGGGGCGCAUCACUGGCGAUGGAUGUGUCACAACCAAAAGAACGUCUCUGCAGUAUUGUUGAUCAAGUGAAACCUGGCAUCAUACUAUCUUCGGUCGCUGGCGAGGAGUUAGCCAAGUCGUUAGACUGCCGUGCCAGUGUUGUCGUCGUAGGGAGAGAGUUUCUAUCGCAUCUCACUUCUACCAAAGCGUCCAGAUUAUUGCCUACGAUAACCUCGGCUAGCAAUAUGUAUGUCGUGUUUACAUCUGGGAGUACAGGAACUCCCAAAGGUGUUGUUGUGACGCACAGAAAUAUCAGCAGUGCAAUCAAACACCAACAGCAUAUUCUCGGAUUCACACCUAAGAGCAGAGUCUUUGAUUUCACCUCGUAUGCUUUUGAUAUGGCCUGGUUCAACUUUAUUCAUGCGAUGUAUAAUGGCAGCUGUUUAUGCAUUGCUUCGGAUGAGGAGCGAAUGAACGACCCUGCGGGCUGUAUUCAACGAUAUCAAGUAACUUACGCGCUCUUUACUCCCACUCUAGCGCGUGUGAUUGGAAAAGCCACUCUAUCAAAACUUGAAGUGUUAGCCCUCGCAGGAGAGCCAGUGCUGCCAUCAGACUUCCAUCUCUGUGAAGAAGGAAAGACGAUUGUCGUCUACGGGCCUGCUGAGUGUACACCCGGCUCUACGAUUGCCGUUGCAGUCCCUGACAAUGUAUCAGCUGGAGCUACCAUAGGCAAUGGUUACGGAGUGAACACCUGGUUGGUGGAUCCUGACUGUGAAGAUAAGCUGGCAUCGAUCGGAGAAGUUGGAGAGCUGUGGUUGGAAGGUCCUCUCCUCGGCCAGGGUUACCUGAACGACUCGGAAAAGACAGACAAGGCCUUUAUUCAAGAUCCGUCCUGGCUAGGUUUAGAUUUACCUCGGCAUCAAGAGCAGUCUGGUCGGCGCUUUUAUAAGACAGGAGAUUUGGUACGAUACAACCCAGAUGGAAGUUUGCUCUUCGUUGGACGUAAAGAUAUGCAGGUCAAGAUCCGAGGUCAGCGCGUGGAGCUUAGCGAGGUCGAACAUCACAUGCGCAGCGCGCUUCAGAGGCAAGACGAGACUCACAGUCCAAUCUCUUCACAAGUGCAGGCCUUGGCCGAAGUUAUCAGAACGAACCACAGUCAGAAUUUGACCCUUGUCGCGUUCGUGUGCGCAACGAAUGACAAUAUGAGCAACGAGAAGCCCCGAGACAAAGCGUUGGAGCUCGCAGUCACGGAGAUUGAGCAGUAUCUCGUCGACAGAGUACCGGCAUAUAUGGUUCCGGCUGCAUUCAUACCACUAGACACCUUCCCAACGACUGCCACAGGCAAAACAGAUCGGCUCAAGCUUCGCGAGUUGGGCGCCUCGAUGUACGACAACUACAAGAGCAUCCAUAAAGUCCAUGAUAGGCACGUCUCCGCCUCGACUGACUUGCAACGAUUGCUCGUAGAAGUUUGGGCAGGCGUGCUCAAUCUUCCUUUCGACAAGAUUUCCAUCGAUGUACCAUUCCUAUCGCUGGGUGGCGAUUCGAUCGCAGCAAUGCAGAUAGUGUCCCGCUGCAGGGCUAGAGAUAUCUCUGUUACGGUCGGAGAUGUACUUCGUUCUAAGACGAUUGAGAAGUUGGCUGGACGCUGCAAACCCAUGGCAGUCAAAAACACACGCAUUGCAGCUGAAGAGAGCCAUGACGGUCAGGCGUGGCUACCAUCCCCGAUCCAGCAACUGUUCUUCGAUGCGCACCCUCAUGGGCUCAACCACUUCAACCAGAGCUUUGUAUUACGGUUCACUGCGCCCGUCCCAGGAGCGGCUGUUCGAGCGGCUCUGGAUGCCGUGGUUAGAUGUCACCCAAUGUUGCGAGCACGCUUCCGACAACGCGAUGACGGCCAGUGGGAACAAGUCAUCUCUGAUCCUGGGGCCCAACUACUGGCAUUCCAGCAUCACUCCGAGGUUGAGAGAAUUGAGGUACCAAAGCUCGCAAAGGCUAGGAAGGAGUCUCUCGACAUCCUCGAAGGGCCUGUUUUUGCAGCAGAUCUUUUUUCCGUUGCCGGAGAGGACCAAAGUCUGUUGCUUACUGCACACCAUCUUGUCGUUGAUCUUGUCUCUUGGCGUAUCAUAUGGCAAAAUAUAGAACAUCACAUACGGACGGGCACUUUACCAAGCCAAGAGUCACUUUCAUUCCACAGAUGGUGUAAGUUGCAGCGGGAAAGAGGCUCUUCACUGAGCCCAAAUAAGGUCCUCCCAGUCCCAAUAAGUACAUCUGAUUUUGGCUACUGGGGAACCACAUAUAGGGGGCUAGAUCUGCUCUUAAACGAGCAACUGUCAGCAGUGGGAGUUAGCCUCGAAAACGUCCAAGAUGUUUAUCCCUGUACGCCAGUCCAAGAAGGUAUACUUCUUACUAGGAAUAAAGCGGCGGCCUCUUAUGCAAACUAUUGGGUAUGGGAAUGUUGUUUAAGCGACAGCAAUUCUUCGAAUGCCAUGAUUUUCCCUCAGAAACUUGAGGCCGCGUGGCGAGGAGUAGUAUCCCAACAUCCAAUCCUUUCAACCAUUUUCGUUGAAGAUGUGGACAAUGGAGGUUUUAUACAAGUGGUGCUCCGAAACUCACCAGCACGAGUAACUAAUUUACACCCGAAAUUGGAAUCUGCAUCUGCCACAGAAGCAUUGCUAGAGAUGGAGAGGCCUCGGUUCUCUGUCAGCGAACCCGAGUGUCAAUUGACCAUUUCCCGAGGUGCAAAUCAGGACUUUGCCUGUCGAGUUGACAUUAGCCAUACGCUGAUGGAUGCAACAUCUAUGCAGUUGAUUCUCCAAGAUCUCAACAGGGCACUCGGCGGCCAUGACGCAUUAGCCGCUCCUCCAUUCAGAGAUCUAGUGCAGCACUUGAGUGGUGUUUCUAAGUCUGAGCGACUUUCAUUCUGGUCAGCGUAUCUGACUGACAUCGAGCCUUGCGAGCUUCCUGUACUUAACCUUUCUAGAAAGAAAAGUGAUGAGUUGCCUAGCCGCUCGUACGGUAGUCUCAAACUACCGGCUCAGGCCAGCGCAGGAAUUGCCGCGCUUUGUAGACAUCAUGGAAUCACUCGUUCCGUUUUUCUUCAAGUAGUUUGGGCACUCGUUCUCUCGCAGUGUACAGCCAAACAGGAAGUUUGCUUUGCCUAUUUGGCUUCUGGAAGAGAUGCACCAAUCAUUGGUAUUGAAAGGAUGGUUGGCCCCCUGAUCAACAUGCUCAUUAGCCGCGUUGAUGUGCGGAAGCCACUCGGUGAUAUGCUGCGCAAAGCUGCCGAGGAUACGAUAGAGCACCUGAAGUUUCAGCAUAAUUCGUUAGCUGAGAUACAGCACCAGCUGCAACUCGGCCCCAAGCAACUCUUCAACACGGCCUUGACAGUUCACGACUCGCAACCAAAUGGAGAAAUUAGUGAAGAUUCCUUAACCCAUCAAAGUUUCUUUCAAUACUUCGCUGGUGUCAACGAAGAAAACGCAACAGAAUUCUGGCAAACCUACUUGAGUGACUCAAAAGCACAGAAUUUUCCUAUUAGAAGCGGGAUCGCUGUGGAGGGUACCAGCCACCCGCAGUUUGACAGUUCUGAUCACGUUAUACAUGAUCUCCAAUGGAACGAUCUCAACACCUCGCCAAGUUAUCUCAUAUACAUGGCUUGGGCAGUUCUUGCUGCUCGUUAUACAGAAUCGAAUGAAGUGAUCUUUGGAUCAUCUACCACUCUACGACAUUCCUCGCCAGGCAAAGCUGUACAAACCUCUCUGGACACGGUGCUACCAGUCCGCCUCGUUCUGGAUUGGGAAGCUACGGUGAAGCAGUCUCUGGAAGCGGUGGUUACUGUAUCUGAAGAUGUGGCUAAGUUUGGAAGGGUCGGAAUUCAACGCAUCCGCACAAUUACUGGUGGCGAGCAUACAGCCGCCGCGUUCCAGACCAUCCUAGAUGUCGUCCAGCUUGGAGAAACAAGUCACCUCGCCCAAACAAGGGAAGAGAAUAUAAAGCUCUCGCUCAUACUAGAGUUUCGACUCGAAGAUGGCGGUGUGAAGCUGACUAUAUUGUCGCACAAAGAAAGUAUUGAUCAUAGACAAGUCAAGAGAUUGGCACUGCAAUUUGAGCAUAUCCUUCGACAAAUCUGCUUGACGCACAACCAAGGGGAGAGGCUCGGGGCUAUCGAAACGAUAAGCAAGCAGGAUUUGAGUGAUAUUUGGAGCUGGAAUUCAAACGUUCUAGAGCCUUUCGAUGUUUGUGUGCACGAGUUGAUCGCCAAGGUAGUGCGGCUUCGACCGAACGCGCCAGCCAUCUGCGCUUGGGACGGGAACCUGACAUAUAAGCAGUUGGACGACCUCUCAGAUGGUCUGUGCUACCAUCUCAUUGAGUCUGGCUUAGAAAUAGGCCAGGUUGUGCCCAUUUGCAUUGAAAAAUCAAUGUGGGCAUCGGUGGCGAUCCUGGCGGUUAUGAAGGCUGGCGGAGUAAACUUGGCCUUGGAUGUGACCCAACCUAAGGCGCGGCUUGAGGCCAUCGUUGAACAAGUCCGCCCCAAGAUCAUGAUCUCGUCAGCUGGCAAUGAAAUGUUGGCCCAUGAACUAGCAUUAGAUGCCACCACAUUGGUUGCCUCUGAAGAAAACCUCAGUCGCCAACCACUAAGGUCCUCAGACCUAAAGUUGCCUAUCGUUGAUCCGAGCGAUGCUUUGUACAUGGUAUUUACAUCUGGAAGUACUGGAAUACCAAAAGGCGUCAUGAUUGCACAUCGCAACUUCAGCAGCGCAAUAAAGUACCAACAGGAAGCACUGAGAUUCACUCCUGAGUCUCGCGUGUUCGACUUUGCUUCGCAAGCUUUCGAUUUGUCUUGGUAUAAUCUACUACAUACCUUGACUUCUGGGGCAUGCCUCUGUGUUGCCUCGGAAUCAGAACGACGAGACGAUGUGGCAGGCUGCAUCAAGCGGUACGAGAUCACAUAUGCUCAGCUCACACCAACCCUAGCCCGCGUGCUAGGGCAUGACGCUUUGUCAGGGCUGAGCACUUUAGUACUUGCAGGAGAGGCUGUGCUGCCAACAGAUAUAAACCUCUGUGGACCUGACACGCAUGUUAUCAAUGUUUAUGGCCCCGCUGAGUGUACUCCUUGUUCAACGAUCGGAGACUUGAAGAAGGAUGGCCCUGUCAUAGGCAACGGACUCGGCUUACGAACGUGGAUCGUGGAUCCCGUCAAUGGGCGUAAAUUGAUGCCAAUUGGUGUCGUUGGUGAACUUUGGUUGGAAGGGCCUCUUAUCGGCCAAGGCUAUGCCAAUGACCCCGAUGCAACAGUGGCUGCAUUCGUCGAGGAUGCCCCCUGGCUCCUGCGGGAGGCCUCGGCUUCAAGGCGAAGCGGUCGCCUGUAUAAGACAGGCGACCUUGUGCGCUAUGAUUCGAAUGGACUUCUAGCAUUUGUUGGCCGCAAGGACACCCAAGUCAAGAUCCGAGGGCAACGAGUCGAACUGAGCGAAGUAGAGCACCAUGUGCGGAACGCCCUUGCAGACGGACAAGACAAUCGAUCGGGGAAGCUCGAUAUUUCCGCACAAAUCAUAGCUGAAGUAGUCGUGCCAGAAGGAAGCGAGAAUCCGACAGUUGUGGUCUUUGUCAGCUUAAGUGGCAGCGAUGGCACUCUCAUCGCAGACAAAGACCUUCUAGAUCGCACUGUUGGCCGCAUGACAGCUGGGAUCGAUUCUCGUUUGAGCGACAAGGUCCCUAUUUAUAUGAUUCCGUCUGCCUAUAUUCCAAUAGAAACUGUACCGGCAACGGUAACAGGAAAAACUGACAGACAAAAGCUGCGGCAGCUCGGGGCAUCCUUUACAGCGCAACAGCUGAGCAAUCUUGCUUUGUCUCAUAUCGAACAACAAAAGGUGGAAACAGUGGUUGGAAAACAGCUUCAAACCCUCUGGUCCACUGUCUUGAACAUAGAUGGUGCGAGAAUCGGCCUAAAUGAUAGUUUCCUGCGGCUCGGUGGUGAUUCAAUUGGAGCGAUGAAGCUCGUCGCAGCUGCACGCAAUGAAGGACUGCCACUCUCAGUUGCAGACAUAUUCCGGAACCCAACGAUUGGUGCACUCUCAAAGGUUCUGGAACAGCAGCCGAUGGAUAUCACAUCUGACGAAGCUGUCCCCGCCUUCUCUUUGCUCCAUCCGCCCCAAGAUGAAGAGGUUAUACGAAUGCAAGUUGCAGCGCUUUGCAGAGUCGACGACGAUGAGGUCGAGGAUGCAUUUCCAUGCACUCCUCUUCAAGAAGGGCUCUUAGCGCUCACGGAGAAGCACGCUGGUGAUUAUACUGCGACUCUUGUUUUCCAGCUCCCCAACGAUGUUGACAUCGCUCGAAUGUAUACCGCAUGGAGUCAAGUUGCUGCAAGUACACCUAUUCUGCGAACGCGAAUCGUGAACUACCCAGGAAAAGGCCUCGUGCAAGUGGUUUUGAAAGAACAGGUGGAAUGGACCGCGGUAGAAGACCAUGGCGACUUGAACGGAUAUCUCAAGGACACAACCCGACUACACAUGGGUCUUGGUGUCCGCCUCAGUCGAUUCGGUUAUGUUGGUGGGGGUCUGAGCAAUAAACGAUAUUUAGUGUGGACAAUUCAUCAUGCACUUUACGAUGGUUGGUCCUUACAACUGCUCACCAAAGCUGCGGAGAGGGCUUAUUUCCAUGGAUCGCCUCCAACACUGAGACCGUUUCAACCAUUCAUCAAGAGACUUGGUGAGAUUAGCCAAGAGGCGUAUUCUUCAUUUUGGAGUGACACAUUUUCUGGCUCGGAGGCGCAGCAGUUCCCACAGCUCCCAUCAGCAAGUUAUCACCCCGACCCACAAGAUACACUCCGGUACCAAGUGAAGAACUUGAAUUGGUCAGGAAAUAGCUUCACCCCUCAGACCAUGCUACGAGGAGCGCUAUCUGUUGUCAUGGGGCGACUGAGCGACUCGCAGGAUGUAAUCUUUGGAGCAGUACUAGCGGGAAGACAGAGCUCUGUUUCAGGAAUUGAAGAGAUGGCAGGGCCUACUAUCUCAACUGUUCCCGUACGAAUAAAACUGAAUUGGGAGUCCGAUCUGGAACAUACUUUACAUGCUAUACAAGACCAGGCUAUGCAUAUGAUCCCAUAUGAACAAGCUGGCUUGCAACUAAUAAGUAGGGUGAGCCCCGAGGCUGAGCAAGCCUGCCGAUUCCAAACUCUAUUGGUUGUGCAGCCUGCUCAAGAUGAUAUGGGUGGCAGCAAGCUUUUUAUUCCCCAGGACGAGGAUGAUCUCAAGAGUGACAAUAUCCAUGUCAACCUCGGUGCCCAUCCCAACUAUGCCUUGAUAAUAGAGUGCCAACUUGAAAAGAAUGGAGUCGUUAUCGAGUUGAGCUAUGAUCCCAAUGUCAUUGGCACUGUCGAGGUUCGCCGCAUGGCUGAACAGUUUGGUCAUGUCCUGAAACAGGUUUGCGAGAAGCAGGCGGGAAACAAGAUACUUAACGAUAUUGACAUGGUUACGCCUCAAGACCUGAAAGAUAUAUGGGGGUGGAACGCAGCUGUACCAGAGGUAUCUGCGGUCUGUGCCCAUGACUGCUUGUACGAAAUUACGAGCCUUCAGCCGCAAGCACCCGCAAUAUGUGCGUGGGAUGGAUCUCUGAGUUAUGCAGAACUAUGGGAACUUUCCUCUCACUAUGCACAAUUGCUAGUAAGUCUCGGACUUGGCCCUGGAGACGUGGUGCCGCUCUUGUUUGAAAAGUCGAUGUGGACGCCUGUAGCGAUGCUCGCCGUUGUCAAAGCCGGCGGUGCUUUUGUCGCCAUGGACACGACACAAGCCACAUCUCGUCUGCAGACAAUUGUUGAGGAGAUCAAGCCGAUAGUGGUUUUGUCAUCUGCAAGGAGUAGGAAAAUAGCAAGUUUGCUGGGUAAUUACACGAUUUUGGUGGUGGAUAAGGAGCAUUCAAUGCGGCACGACAUCACUCAAAAUUUUGUGUUACCUGCCAUCGAGCCUACCAGCACAAUGUACAUCAUUUUCACAUCCGGCAGUACUGGCCGACCCAAGGCGGUGGUUCUAGAACACCAGGCAGUGGUUACCAGCUGUCACAGUUAUGGUAAAGUUAUGGGCUUGAGCAAAGACUCCAGGGUCUUGCAAUUUGCAUCCUAUGCCUUCGACGCAUGCAUCAUGGAGACUUUCUCGACGUGGUUACAUGGUGGCUGCGUUUGUGUGCCAUCCGAAGAUAACAGGAUUACCGACUUGGCUAGAACGAUGGAGUCAAUGGCAGUCAACACCACUCUGCUCACUCCUUCUGUUGCCCGGCUUCUGGAUCCUUCGAAAGUGCCGACCCUGACGACCUUGAUCUUAGGAGCAGAAGCCCCGUGGGAGUCGGACUAUGAGCGAUGGCGUGGACUGCCUAAGCUCUUUAAUGCCUAUGGGCCUGCAGAGUGUGCCGUGAUUCACUCAGUCCGAGCAUGGACAGAUAACAAGUUGUCACCUAAAACGAUUGGGAGGGCAGUGGGAUCUUGCAGUUGGGCUGUUGACCAGAAAGAUCACACCAAGUUGGUUCCUAUUGGGACAGUAGGGGAGCUUCUGGUGGAGGGUCCUAUUCUGGCCCGCGGGUAUCUGAACAACGCGGAGAGCACCGCACAAUCUUUCAUCCACGAUCCUAUAUGGAUGACUCGAGGAGAUCCUGGUUGCGAGGGGCGGCGUGGCCGUUUAUACAAAACUGGGGAUCUUGUAUAUUAUAAUCCAGAUGGUUCUUUAGUCUUCGUCGCUCGCAAGGAUACCCAAGUCAAGGUCCGCGGCCAGCGCGUUGAACUCGGAGACGUUGAGCAUCACGUGGAACAAACAAUUGUGCUUGGUGCUCAAGGAGACUUAGGUCCAAGUCCUCGUCCACAGGUGGUCGCUGAGGUUAUUCAACCACAAGGGAACAGUAACUCAAUACUCGUUGUCUUCGUUGGCCAGAAUCCGUCUGAGAUUGCUGUCAUUGACGAGGGCGCUUGGGCCAGAACUGUCAUGAGCAUGACCGCUGAAAUAGAAAAGCGACUGGCAGACAGAGUGCCAUACUACAUGGUGCCAACGGCUUAUAUACCAUUGCAAAGUAUCCCAAUUACAGGAACGGGCAAGAUUAACAGAAAGAGGCUUCGAGAACUUGGCAUGGAGAUCACUCCACAGCAACUGAGCUCCUUGACCUCGACAUCUACUCGAUUGCGACCUGUAGAGACUGAACUCCAGAGGCGACUCCAGGUUCUUUGGGCGACAGUUUUAGCUCUCGACAGCAAUACUAUAGGCCUGGAAAGUAACUUCAUGCGCAUUGGUGGUGAUUCGAUCAGCGCCAUGCAAUUGGUUGGUGCUGGCCGUGAUCAAGGACUAUCAUUCUCAGUCGCCGACCUUUUCCGACAUCCAAGGCUGGAAGAAUUCGCAACCGUUGUGCAAUCAGAUGGUGUUGAAACUACUGAAAUGGACGCCAUUCCGGCCUUCUCUCUUCUGAACUGCUCCAUGACCGAGCCCUUGAAAACUGAGGUGGCAAGUCUGUGUUCUGUUAACGUCAUGGACAUUGAAGACAUCUUGCCCUGCACGCCGCUCCAGCAAGGAUUAAUAGCACUUACUGCAAAGCGAGCGGGCGAUUAUGUGGCAACAAUUGUUCGCAGGAUUCCUGACAACAUUGACCACAAGCGGUUAUAUACCGCAUGGAAGCAAGUUGUUGCAGCAACUCCUAUACUACGGACGCGGCUGAUCGAUUUGCCCGGGCACGGAAUUGUGCAAGUAGUGGUAAACGAAGAACCAGACUGGGUAACAAGUAACGAUCUGAAUCUCUAUCUGGAGGGUGGCAGACAACGCGAAAUGGUUCUAGGAGCUUGUCUUAGCAAGUUCGCUGUCGCUUCCACCCAAGAUUCUAGCCAAUACUACUUCGUGUGGACGAUUCACCAUGCUCUCUAUGACGGGUGGUCGAUGCAGCUCAUCCUCGACGCCGUCAAGAGAGCAUACCAGACUGGUGCCAACAAUUCCCCGAUGGUGCCAUUCACACCAAUGAUCAAGCAUGUGAUCGAUCUUGAUAACAACGCUGUGACGGCAUUUUGGGGAAAACAGUUUGCAGGCUCUGAAGGCCACUCGUUUCCAGCCCUACCAGCAGCAUCAUACCACCCUAAAUGCACGAAUAGAUUUACUUCCAACUUAGAAAAGCUUCAUUGGGGUAGCAACGAUAUCACGGCCUCUAACAUCAUUCGAGCUGCAUGGGCAAUCUUAGUUUCGGGAUAUACUGGCUCUAACGAUGUCGUUUUCGGGGCAACUGUCACGGGACGGCAGACGCCUCUUGUGGGUAUCGAGCGUAUGGUCGGGCCUACUAUUGCGACCGUUCCUGUAAGAGUGGUUUUGGACUCAAGCGAGACUUUGGAAACCAAUCUAUACAAUGUGCAGAUGCAAGCGGUAGAUAUGAUCCCUUUUGAACAAACUGGACUUCAGCGAAUCAGUCAGGUCAGUUUGGAGGCUAGCGAAGCCAGUCGUUUCCAAACUCUAUUGGUAGUACAACCUGUUGAGAAGACUUCCAAGGAGUCUAGCCUCUUUCAAGCUGCAGAAGAUUCUCCAGAAGACGGAGACAGUUUGAUAGAACACAGCUCGACGCUUACGCACGCCCUGGUUGUUGAAUGUUGUCUCGAGGCUACCGGGGCUCAAUUAUAUUUCAAUUAUGACCCUAAUGUCCUCAGCCAAGCACAAAUUCAUCAAAUAUCAAGUCAACUGCAGCAUUUGAUUCGACAAAUCAUGGCAGAGGGGAACAGAUCAAAGAUUUUGAGCAGUCUCGCAGUGGUGGGCGCGCAGGAUUUGAGCAAGAUCUGGGCAUGGAACUCAACUUUGACCGAACCCAACAACGCCAGUGUCCCUGACCUACUCAUGAAUACGCCGCACUACAAUGCAGAGGCGCCCGCAAUUGAUGCCUGGGAUGGGAAGCUGAAUUACUCGUCCUUGGAUAAGCUCUCUACGCGUUUGGCUUGUCAUUUGAUCAAUCUUGGAGCGCGUGCUAAUAUGCUUAUACCUCUAUGCUUUGAGAAAUCCGUCUGGACUCCAGUAGUGAUGUUAGCAGUGAUAAAAGCUGGCGCUGCAGCUGUGGGGAUGGAUGUUACUCAGCCUGAGACACGCCUUCAGACAAUUGUACAGCAAACUCAGCCGGUCAUGCUUCUCUCUUCAGUGGCUAACGAGGGACUGGCGCGGCGGCUGGGCAACAACUGCCGUAUUGUUGUCGUAAGUGAAGCCAACUUGGACCUAUUAGAAUCUCAGCCUGAGACUCAACUACCACGUAUCGACCCUUCAGAUGCACUAUGUGCAAUCUUUACAUCUGGUAGCACCGGGAUGCCUAAGGGCGUUGUCCUAACGCAUUCCAACUUUGCAACCGCCAUUCCUCACCAUGUUAAGACCUUUGACCUGAAGCCUACCAGCAGGGUUUACGACUUUGCGUCUUACGCUUUCGACUUCUCCUGGUCAAACCUUUUGCUUACCCUAUACUCGGGAGGUUGCAUCUGCAUCCCAUCUGAAGAGGAGCGAAGGAACGAUGUCACUCAGUCUAUUCAUCGUUUCAAGGCAAAUUUUGCCUUCUUUACUCCUUCAGUGGCUCGUAUUCUGGAUCCUGCAGUAUUACCAACUCUUGAUACACUCAUAGUCGGAGGAGAAGCUCUGAGCAGAACAGACUUCGUCUCAUGGCCGGACCGGAUCAAGAUAAUUAGUGUAUACGGACCAACAGAAUGUACUGUAAUGGCUACAACUCUGGAGGUUCUACCAGGUCAGGAGCGUAAGAAUGGUCUGGGACGCGCCACAGUGAGCACCACCUGGGUCGUUGAGCCCAACAAAGGCGACUCUUUAAUGCCGAUUGGCGCAGUGGGUGAACUGUGGCUUGAAGGUCCCUUGGUCACGCGCGGCUAUCUGAAUGCCGCAGAAAAAACAAGUGAAACAUUCGUAUUCGACCCUACCUGGUUGGUAGAAGGAAUACUGGGCAAACCCGGACGGAGGGGACGGCUCUAUAAGACAGGAGACUUGGUGCGAUAUAAUCCUGACGGCUCCUUGACCUUCGUCGGCCGCAAAGACACGCAAGUAAAGUUACGAGGUCAGCGUGUGGAAUUAGACGAAGUCGAGCAUCAUGUUCGAGAAGCAAUAGCAGCAAAAAACACUGGUUUUGACAUUUCGACUGGCUUACAGCUGAUUGCUGAAGUUAUCACCCCAGAGGGCAGCGAGCACUCUACCCUUGUGGUUUUCAUACAUUCCGGGCGAGGCAGCAACAACUCCAAAGACAUCCAGCCCAUGACUGUGGGCAUCGAUGAGUAUCUAAGCCAGGUAGCGCCGGUUUACAUGAUACCGACUGCCUACAUUCCGCUUGAUAACCUUCCAGUGACAGCUACUGGGAAGCUAGACCGGAGACAGUUGCGUAAGCUGGGAUCGACUCUAUAUCACAGCUAUGUUGAGGCAAACAAGGAUACAAAUUACAUACCGCCAUCCAACAAACUGCAAAAAAGCAUCCAGGAUAUUUGGGCCGAUGUUUUGAAUCUUUCUCCAACAGAUAUCUCGAUCGACGUGCCCUUCACAAAGAUUGGUGGGGAUUCAAUUACUGCUAUGCAGGUUGUAUCACGAUGUCGGGCCAAGAACCUUUCCAUCACAGUCGCAGAUAUUCUCAGGGCUAGAACUAUUGAGAAGUUGGCAUUAUGCUGUCAGCCAGUCAGACAGGAGCGGCUCGCACAGCAUCAGCAUGUAAACGGACGCCCGUGGACUCUGUCGCCAGCCCAGCAAAUGUUUUUUGAUGCUCAUCCACAGGGUCUCAAUCAUUUUAAUCAGAGCUUCAUGUUGAGACUUAUGAGGCCUACUUCAGCUGCCGAUUUAGAUAUGGCAGUUAAGGCUGUCGUAUUUCGCCAUCCAAUGCUUCGUGUCCGCUUUCGACAGGACUUAAACGGAAGAUGGGAACAAAUUGUUCCCACAGAUGGAUCAUCCGAAUCAAUAUUUACACACCAUGAGUCAUGCUCUCGAGAAGAAGCGAAGAUGGUAGCUGACAGUCGCCAACAAUCAUUGGAUAUCGUCAACGGUCCCCUCUUCACUGUUGACUUGUUCUCUAUUGAUGGUGAAGACCAGGCCGUCCUGCUCACCGCGCACCAUCUUAUCGUCGAUCUAGUAUCAUGGCGAAUUAUAUGGCAUGACAUUGAGCAACAUCUUCAGAAGGCCGUGGAGUUCACUCUGAGUGACUUUCCACUUCUAAGCAUAUCCUAUGAAGGUCUUGAAGUUCUCCUCGCGAAUAGACUCCCCGCUUUGGGUGUGAGCUCUGAGGAUGUGCAGGACAUCUAUCCCUGUACAGCUGUUCAGGAGGGCAUCCUCCUCAGUACAAGAAAGGGCGCGGCUUCAUACGCAAAUUAUUGGGUUUGGAACUGCGUCUCGUCAACUAAUGACAACCCCUCGCCGGUAAGACUUGAAGAAGCCUGGAGAACUGUAGCUCGAAAGCAUGCUAUACUUUCCACGAUUCUAGUCGAGCACCCAGAUACCGGUGGCUUCAUACAGGUUGUGCUAGGUGGUCUUUGCCAUCGCGUCCAUCACUUAUCCACGGCCGCGAAUAAUCCCGCUGAUGUUCUCUUUGAGCAGCCAGGCGAAUCAUACCUUCCUGGCGAACCGUUGCAUACCUUCACGAUUUGUCAGGGAGCAGACAACAGUGUUGCUUGCAGGUUAGACAUUAAUCAUGUGCUUAUGGAUGCUGCUUCCAUGCAAAUACUACUGGACGACCUCACAAGAUCCUAUCAUGGUUAUCAACUAGAAGAAGCCCCGUCAUUCCGUGACCUUGUUCAGAGCCUUGGCACGGUAGCUAAGGCUGAGAGGCUCCAAUACUGGACCAGAUUCCUCGACGGGGUUUCGCCAUGCAAGUUCUCAAGUAUCACGCCAGUUGAACAGGCUUCACACAUUGGCUCUCACGAUGUUGUCAAUAUACCACUGGAGUCAACUGCUGGAAUCGAAAAGUUCUGCAAAUCACAUGGCAUCACUCGAUCAGUCUUCUUGCAGGUUGCCUGGGCUUUGGUGUUAUGGUACUAUACUGGAAUGCGCGAGAUUUGCUUUGGAUAUAUGGCGUCUGGACGAGAUGCCCCAAUUGCUAAUAUUGACAAGAUGAUCGGACCUCUAAUCAAUAUCCUGAUCAGCAGAAUUGACUUGCGUCUGCCUCUUGAUAAAGUUUUGGCAGCUACAUCUGAACAGUCCAUCGAUCAUUUAGAUUAUCAGCAUGCUUCACUUGCGGAGAUCCAGCACGACGGAAUUGCAACCAUUACACAAAACUAUACUUCCGGUGUCGAUGAAGAAUUAGCAAUGGAUUACUGGAAGAACAGAUUUAGGGACUUCCGCGGGCAGACCUUCCCAACGAUUUUCCCAUCUGGCCGAGCGCAGCGUCGUGGCAGAGAAUCUCUCAAGCACUUUGUUGACAGCUUGGCCUGGAACAGUUUAGUUUCGCCUACGACCGUGAUCCAAACAGCCUGGUCAAUUCUGGCCUCUAAGCUCACCGCCAGCAGUGAGGCCAUCUUCGGUGUCUUACGUCACGAUAGCAUGUCUGCGGCAAGUGGCGUGGCUGCUGCAACUGUUCCAGUUGGAGUGGCUAUAACCUGGGAACUCACCGUGGCAGAGGUAUUGGAAGGUCUGGACCGACAAAUAAAGGAGACACUUCCUUUCGAGCAAGUCGGACUGAAUGUUAUCCGUCAAGCGUCUGUUGAGGCUGAGGAGUGUUGCCAAUUCCAGACUCUUUUGGUGAUGCAUGGCUCAGACAACGGAGAUCCUGCUGUCGUUUACAACAAGCCCAAGGGAUAUGCUCUGGAAGUGGAAUUUAAACCUCAAGGCUCAGGUCUGAUCAUUAAAUCCAGCUUCAAUCCAGAAGUACUACAGACUUCGGAAGUGCGUCGAGUAGCUCAUCAGCUCGAGCACAUCAUGAGACAGCUUUGUAAUGCGGAUAAUAAUAACAAGGUCUUACGGCAAGUGGCAGCCAUUGGCCAGGAUGACCUUCGAAGCAUUUGGGAAUGGAAUUCUGUGGUGCCAGAGGCCGUUGACCUCUGCGUCCACGAUCAAAUCUCUUCUUCAGCUCGCCAUCGGCCAACGGCAACUGCUGUUUAUGCUUGGGAUGGUCAGCUAUCCUACGCCCAACUUGACGAGCUCUCUAAUCAACUCGCUCUUUACCUGGUCAGUAUGGGUGUGACUCCCGGCGUCAUAGUGCCCUUGUGUUUUGAAAAGUCGCUGUGGACUUCCGUCGCUAUGCUAGCAGUAAUGAAAGCAGGCGGAGCGUCUGUGGCUUUAGAUAUAACGCAGCCCGAGGCACGGCUCAAAACGAUCGUGGAUCAAGUGGAACCUAUGGUCAUUCUAUCAUCGACAAAGAAUAGGGAUCUAUCAUAUGCGCUAGGUGCCUGUGAGGUAGUGCUUGUGAGCGGCGAGGAUCUAGCCAAGUUACCAUCUGGCCCUUCAAGUCUCGAGCUUCCAACAAUCAGCUCUGACAGCUCCUUGUAUCUCGUUUUCACCUCCGGCAGCACCGGGACGCCAAAAGGGGCUAUAUAUACGCACAGGAACUUCAGCAGCGCUAUCAAAUAUCAGCAGGAGGCACUCAGGGUCACCUCAAGUUGCAGAGUAUUCGACUUUGCAUCGUACGCGUUCGAUAUAGCUUGGUGCAACUUUAUCCACACUAUGGUUGCUGGUGGCUGCCUAUGUGUCCCAUCCGAGGACGAUCGGAAGCAAAACAUCACCGGUUCAAUGGCCAAGCUCGGCGUGACAUAUGCCCACUUGACCCCUACAGUCGCUCGUAUGGUCAACGUCGAUGAAGUGCCCGGCUUAGACACCAUGUGCUUCAGUGGCGAGGCUCUUCACUUGGCAGAUCUUCCCAAAGAAAGAAAGUUGAAGAGCCUUAUCAAUGUAUAUGGGCCUGCAGAAACGAACAUUGUGACUACGGAAACGGUCGAUCCAUGCAGCAUUACAGAGCCCAAUAUUGGCAAGGGCGCCGGGGCGACCACUUGGGUUGUGGAUCCAAACAACCCCGAUCAGCUAAGCGUAAUAGGCGCAGUAGGCGAGCUCUGGCUAGAAGGCCCUCUGGUCGGGAAAGGAUACCUCAACGAUGCUGAGAGAACUGCCAAGGUCUUUGUUGAGAACCCUUCCUGGCUUACGUGCGGCAAUGGGCCUCGAUGCGCCGGAAGACAAGGCCGUCUCUACAAAACUGGCGAUCUUGUACGCUACAAUCCGGAUGGGUCUUUGGCAUUCAUUGGGAGAAAAGACACUCAGGUGAAAAUACGUGGGCAGCGUGUUGAGCUCGACGAAAUAGAGCUUCAUGUCAAGAAUACGUUGGAAUAUGAUGAUACGAUUACGCAGACUCAAGUUGUGGCAGAAGUCAUCACCACACCCGAAAUCAACAACCAAACUCUCGUUGCUUUCGUCUGCAUGACAACAGUAGACGCCGAGCCUAUGGACGAGCAAUCAUGCAACCAAGCUGUUUGGCGGGCAACUGCGGGUAUCGAAGAGAGGCUAACAAGCAAAGUUCCGAUAUACAUGAUCCCCACGGCAUUCGUCCCAAUGAGAACUAUUCCGAUGACAGCUACUGGUAAAACGGACCGGCGACGACUGAGGGAGCUCGGGGUGGAACUAAGCCAACGGCAACAAUUGACGACCGUGGGCUUCAGUCGCGAAUCAGUGCUACCAAUGGAGACAGAAAUGGAACGCAAACUUCAACAGCUAUGGGCAGAUGUAUUGAGUAUCAAGACCGACAGCAUUAGUGCUGAUGACAGCUUCUUACGUAUCGGCGGUGACUCGAUCGGGGUCAUGAAGCUAGUUGCUGCUGCUCGUCAGCAGAACCUCUCACUUUCUGUCGCCGACGUAUUCCGACAUCCCAGACUUAGGGAACUGGCAAAGAAGAUGGAGCUGGACGAUCCCGUCAUACAAGAACAUAUUGCGCCCUUUUCACUUUUGAAGACAGGGACCGUGGAAAAUCAAGUACGUGCUGACGUUGCCGGCCUCUGCCGCAUCAGUCUCCACGAGGUGGAAGACGUGCUACCGUGCACUCCACUACAGGAAGGCCUGCUUGCCCUCACAGCCAGGCGUCCAGGCGACUAUGUAGCCGUUAUAGUGCUCGAACUUCAAGAGAAUGUCGACAUUGGUUUAUUCCGUGAAUCGUGGCGGCAAGUCGUUGCAGCUACACCCAUAUUGCGAACGCGGAUAGUCGACCUACCUGGACAGGGUUUCGCACAGGUUGUAUUGCGUGAAGCAAUGGACUUUGCGCUCGUAGAUAACCUCGAUUCUUACCUUGGCAAAAAUGUCGGACAACAGAUGGGCGUUGGGACUCGCCUUUGCCAGUUAGCCAUCGCCAACCAGGAUGAUGGACGCCGCCAUUUCAUCCUGACCAUUCAUCAUGCUUUAUAUGAUGGUUGGUCGUUGAAGCUCAUAUUCAAGGCUGCGCAAGAUCUAUACAUGAAAGCUCCUAUGCCGAUUAUGAUUCCAUUUACAUCAAUGGUUAAGUACAUGGCUGGCAUCGACCAGAAAUCCGCCAUGGCAUAUUGGAAGGAAGAAUUUCUCGAUUCAGGGGCUUCUCAGUUCCCAGCCUUACCUUCAGCAACCUAUCACCCUCAAUCCAUCCAUCAACUAUCAUUGGCCAUUAAAGAUCUCGAAUGGGCGGGCAGUGACUUUACUGCCUCUAAUCUCAUACGCACAGCCUGGUCGAUCUUGGUGGCCAGUUAUACUGGCGAUGCUGAUGUUGUCUUUGGGGCGGUUGUUACAGGGCGCCAAGCUCCAGUUUCGGGAAUCGAGGAGAUUGCAGGGCCUACAAUUGCUACCGUACCAGUUCGAGUGUCUAUCAACCGGCAAGUGGCCUUGGGACAAAUACUCGAUGCCGUGCAAACGAAGGCUGUAAAUAUGAUUCCGUUUGAGCAGACUGGUUUACAACGAAUUCGUCAGGCUAGCUUAGAAGCCGAGGAAGCCUGCCGCUUCCAGACUCUACUAGUAGUGCAGCCAAAGGGGGAUGAUAAUGACUUCGGAGACGGCCAUCUCUUCCAACAGCAUACUUCGUCGGCCAACACAGACAGCGAGCCGGGAUACAAUGCAUUGCUUACUUAUGCACUGGUUCUGGAGUGCCAUUUGACUACUAAUGGGAUGUCGUUACAUGUUGGCUAUGAUCCGCAUGUUCUAGAUGACGCACACGUGCUUCAAAUUGCCAAACAAUUCGAUCAUAUUCUCCAUCAAGUAUGCCUCAAGGAGAACCAAGCUAAAAGUCUUGGAGAAAUCUCAACAAUCAGUAAUGAGGACCUUGAUAAAAUCUGGAAGUGGAAUGCGGAUGCCGUCCAAGCAGUUGAGACUCCGGCCCAUGAGCUAUUCGCCAAGUUAGCACUUCGCCAGCCAGAUGCAUCUGCUGUAUGCGCUUGGGACGGCGAUCUGACUUAUGGGCAACUUGAUGAUUUGUCCACACGCUUAGCACAUUAUCUCAUUGAACGAGGUAUAGGGCCAAAUACAACAGUUCCGCUAUGCUUUGAGAAAUCUAUGUGGACUUCUGUAGCUAUGAUGGCUGUGAUGCGAACGGGUGCAACAUCUGUUGCUGUUGAUGUCUCUCAACCGGAGGAACGUCUCCACACAAUCAUACAACAGGUUUCGCCUACAAUAAUAUUAGCAUCAGAGAUGAACGAGGGCUUAGCAACUAAGUUUGGUCAAGGCAAAUUCCCCAUCGUCGUGGUGAGCAGCAAGAACACGCCGCUUCACCCUCUUCGACCUGAGAUCACAUUCCCACAAAUUAAUCCGGCGAGCCCGCUUGCUAUUAUUUUCACUUCCGGCAGCACGGGAAAGCCCAAAGGCGUAAUUUUGACUUUUUCGAAUGUAGCAACUGCUAUGAAGCAUCACACCAAAGCUUUUCACAUUGACCCAGAUAGCCGCGUCUACGACUUUGCCUCUUAUAGCUUUGACUUUGCCUGGUCUAACUUGUUGCUUCCGCUCUCUGUUGGCGGCUGUGUUUGCGUUCCCUCCGAAGAACAACGAAAAAAUGACCUAGGCCAGUCUAUCAAUGACAUGAGGGCAACCUUUGUGUUCCUAACCACAUCCGUUGCUCGAGUUCUUGACCCUCCACGGCUGCAAUUACUGCGUACGAUUGCCAUUGGAGGUGAAGCAUCCCAAAAGGCCGACUUCGAGAGGUGGCCUGAUUCCCUUAGGCUCUUGCACGUUUACGGUCCGACUGAGUGCACGGUCAUAGCAACCUGUGGUGAGAUCCGAGUAGGGCAGGAAAAUACCGAAAGUAUUGGCUGGGGUGUGGGCACCACAACUUGGGUAGUGCAACCAUCAAAUAAUGACUACCUAUCACCUGUCGGUGCAGUGGGAGAACUUUGGUUAGAAGGACCUCUUGUCUCACCUGGCUAUCUCAACGAACCAGAAAAGACAGCUUUAUCAUUCACCAAAGAUGUGCCUUGGUUGCUGCGCGGUGGUCCAAACUGCUCUGGACGCCCUGGCCAUCUGUAUAGAACUGGAGAUCUGGUACGAUACAAUCCAGAUGGAUCUAUAGUAUUCGUCGGACGCAAAGACACCCAAGUCAAGAUCAGAGGCCAGCGAGUAGAACUUGCGGAGGUGGAGGACACUGUUCGGCAGACAUUGAUCGAAACGAGUGAGUUGGCUCGCAUACAAGUGGUGGCCGAGGUCAUCACGUCAAAGGAAAGCUCCCAUGCCACUCUCGUUGUCUUCAUCUGCGAGAAGAAUGAUGGCUCCCAAUGCCGUACGAUACAUAGCAUUGACAUCCAAGCCACCAUAGAAGGCCAUCUAGCAGUGAAGUUGCCCAGAUACAUGAUUCCAACAGCAUACAUACCUCUUGAGACUCUCCCGAUGACAGUUACUGGAAAAGCAGAUCGACGAAAACUACGAGAAAUUGGCAGCUCACUGACCUUGGAGCAACUGACGAGAUCCAAAUCAACGGAGAGACAGAAUCGGCUGCCAGAGACUGAUACUGAGAGAUGGUUGCACAACGCGUGGGCAACAAUACUUGGUCGCGACCCAUCAACAAUCAGUAUUGAUGAUCACUUCUUCCACGCAGGUGGCGAUUCAAUUCACUCUAUGCGUUUGGUACUCUCUGCCCGCGAGCAAGGCUGCGAUCUGAAAGUCGUUGACAUAUUCCGACACCCAAUCCUUGCCGAUCUAGCCCGGCAUUGCGAAGAGUUACAGGCGGACACAAGAACUUCUGACGCGCUACCGUUUGCCUCGCUCGAUGUGGAUGAUGUCGAUAGUUUCAUCACGAAGAGAAUAUCGCCUCUCAUACAAGAGCACUAUUCCAAGAUCUCCAAUAUCCUUCCUCUGUCCGAUUUCCAAGCAGCCUGUAUCGAAAGUUCAUUGCAGCCCGAUUACAGUGGUUGGUUCCAUUUCUACCUAGACUUCCCUGAGUCUGUUGACACAGAGAGGUUGAGGAAUAGUUGUCUGCAGCUUAGCGAACAUUUCGAUAUUCUUCGCACCGUGUUCAUUCGCUCAGACACGGAGCUGCUGCAGGUUGUCUUGGAAGGUCUUAGCCCGUGCAUAGACUUGUACGAAUCAUCCGAUGUGGUCAUGGAAUAUCUUUUCGAACAAGUCUGCCUCGAGUCAAUGAAACAUCCCGCCGUUCUCGGGACGUCGUUUCUACGCUUCAUCUUCUUAAGAGGUUCUAAUAAUUCUUUCCGUCUUGUUCUCCAACUUUCACAUGCCCAAUACGAUGGCCUGAGUCUUCCGCAAGUCAUGGCUGCUUUGACUGCUUUCUACAAUGCACGAACGCUCCCGAAGGCGCGCAGUUUCUCAAACUACAUUGCGCAUGUGAAGUCUCAGUCUCAGGGUGAUGCCUCCCACAAUUUCUGGCGGACGCUUUUGCGUGGAUCCAAAAUAACCAUGUUGUCGACAAAGAGAGUGUCAGCCACAUUGCCUCAAGAGACUUCGAGCAUUCGACUAGAAAAGACGAUUCCGGCUCUGCAACCGCGCAAUGGAGCCACUCCAGCGACUAUUUUUACUGCCUCGUGUGCCAUCAUGCUAAGCCGUAUCGUUGGAGUCAACGACGUUGUGUUUGGACGACUUGUCUCUGGGCGAGCUGGUCUGUCUCCUGAUCUACAAGAUCUUGUCGGGCCAUGCAUUAACACCGUUCCUGUGCGAGUGCGUCUGAGUUCCCAGUUGACAAUAGAUGAUACCAUGCUUGCUACUCUACAACAACAAAUCGUCGAUGCCACGCCCCAUGACGCCACGAGCUUCCAUGACAUCGCUCAGCACUGUACAGACUGGGAUGAAGCUGCAAACUCCUUCCAAGUAACAACUCAUUUCCGAAACAUCGAUGAAAGCCCAGGUGCAGAUAUUGCAGGAAGCACUCAACACUUAGGCUAUUUCGACAGGAAAGAUAUGCCGCCCGACUUUAGAGGGAUCGACAUUGGUGCAGUGCCCGUCCAUGGCGGCAUGAAUUUGGUGAUCGUUGCAAACUCUAGAUAUUGGGACUUUGAAGCUAUUUCACAAGUUCAAGAAGUUUUGUGUGCUAUCUUACGUUUAUCUUCUAAGGCUUAG